CUGCCCUGAACGCCUCCGUCCUCCCGUAUCUACCUCACAAUGAAGGUGAAAAGCCUGAGUCGAACAGCAAACUCCUGUUGGUCGCCAGAGGAAGUCCAGUCGGGAAUAUAUUUGGCAGCUGGUACUACAGCUCAGCAAGUGGACGCCUCAUUCAGCACAUCGUCGCAGCUCGAAAUCCUCGCGCUCGAUGUCGCGUCUCCCGAAAAAGAAUUCAAACCCGUGGUUGUCACCCAAUGCGAUCACCGGUUCCACAAAAUCGUCUGGGGAGCUCUGGGAAUCCAACAGUCGACGGCCCCGCUCGGAAUCAUCUGCGGAGGGACCGAAAACGGUACCGUACAAAUCUUCGAUGCACAACGUCUCGUCAACAAUGAGAACGCUCUGCUCUCGGCCUACAAGAACCAUUCGGGUCCGGUGCACGCGCUCGAUUUCAAUCCGUUUCAACACAAUUUGUUGGCAUCCGGGAGUCGAGAGAGCGAAAUCUACAUAUGGGAUCUGAGCAGCACUACCGCGCAGCCCUAUUCGCCCGGAGCGUCGAGUCAACCGCUCGAAGAUGUUGUUUCGCUCGCCUGGAACAGACAGGUCCAACAUAUUCUGGCGUCGACGAUGGCCUCGAGAUGUGUCGUUUGGGAUUUGCGAAAAAGCGAACCGAUUAUCCGAGUCGCCGACUCUUCGUCCCGUUUCCGAUGUAAAGCUGUCGCGUGGAAUCCUCAGGUCGCAACGCAACUCUGUCUCGCGUCCGAGGAUGACACUUGUCCGUGGCUACAGAUCUGGGACUUGCGAUACGCCUCGUCGCCGGUGAAAACUCUGGAAAAGCACUCGAAAGGAGUUCUCUCAAUCAACUGGAACCCGAAGGACCAGGACAUGCUGGUGUCGUGUGGCAAGGGUAGCUCGGUUUGCAUUUGGAACCCCAACGGGGCUCAAGGUUCGGAAUUGAUCUCUGAGCUCACGAGCACGUCCGAGUGGAAUUUCGAAGUUCAGUGGUGUCCACGGAAUCCUGCAUUGGUUUCUCUCGGGAGUUUCACCGGGGAAGUCGCUGUCUAUUCUGUUAUCGGCGGUGAGCAGUCAGGAGCUGGGGACGUCCUCCGAAAAGCGCCGUCCUGGCUGAGUGGAGGGGUUGGAGCACAAUUCGGGUCAACGAUCUCUUUCCAGUUCGGAGGCAAGCUCGUGUCGUUUUCGAAGGAGCUCGGUGCCAAGGUCGACGUCUCUCAAGUAGUCACAGAUGAUACCUUACUAUCGCGAGUCACCUGUAUGGAGGAUGCGCUCUUCAAGCAACAGGCCGAGUCGAAGUUCUGGCAGCUCCGAUUCGAAGGCUCGGAUCCUGAUCUCUGGCGCAUCUUGAACGCUCUACAGGGUCCCGAUCCAGUGACUGAGAUCCAGAAACUCCUCGGCUACUCAUCGAGCAUGAACGAGAAAGAGGAGGAUGACCUUUCCAAUGCAUUUGACAAUUCGGUUUCAAUGAACGGCGUCUGUAAAGAUUCGACCUCAGCGUCGCGGAUCGCAAAUGUGCUCAUUGCCGGCGAGGUCAAUCAAGCGGCCGAACUUUGUCUGAAAACGAGACGUUUCGCCGAAGCUCUAUUCCUGGCAGACUACGCGCAGAAUCCCGUGCUCAAGGAGAACGUUAGAAAGGAAUUUCUGAACGCGAAUCGAGGAGACUCGAUGUGUCGUUUGGUUGCGUGCGUUUCUUCCGGCUUGUGGGAGGAGUUGACUGAGCUGGCUCCGUUGGACGAGUGGAAAUCAACGCUGGCGGCGGUUGUCGGUCACGUUCGAGAUUCGCAACGAGCGCACAAUCUAUGCAGCGCGGUCGGGGACAAGUUAUUCAAAGAAUCUAAAUUCGAAGCGGCAGCCAUGAGCUAUGCCAUCGCUCGAGAUCUCGUCAAGUUAUCGGAGAGCUACCUCGCGAUACACGGAAAGCCCGAAACCAACGAAGCUCUCCAGUCCUACAUGGAAAUCAUGACGGCGGCUAAGGUAGUCAGUGGCUUGCAGCAGUUGCCGAAAGGAAUUUCGAAUUUCGUCGGUGACUACGUGAGUCUUCUAGCCGAGCAAGGUUGUUUGGGAGUAUCGCUUCACUACCUCAACGACUUGGACACGAGCGAUGCCAAACUCGCGCAGCUACGAGACAGGAUCCUCCAGUCCCAAGGCCUGACAACGAGCCAACAAAGUCCUCAGCACAAUCAGUAUUCGAAACAGAACCUCCAGAGAAGUCGGACCCUGAGCUCGUCCAGUUACGAUGCGGGUCGCUCAACGAUUCAGCCUGUCGCGUCUCUGUUUCAAAAUCAGCCGACCUCGGACUACAACUCCAACAUACCGAGCUUCCCCCCGGUCCAAGAGUCGCCGCUAGCAGCGAAAGACGCUCCAUCGAGACCCAUGAGUCGGACUGGAAAGUACCACGCGCUUGUUGACCCGUCGAUCCAGAACUCUGGCCCAGGCUACGGUUUCAACUCCUCGUACGCAUCGCAAGCUUAUCAGGACCCUUACGCGAACAAAUCGCAGUACCAACCCUAUCCUUCGCAACCAGCGACUCCCGCCUACGGUGCGAGCCCGGUGUCCAACACGUUUGGUUUCGCUACUCCGGCCGCGCCGGCCUCUCCUACUAUCGCUGCAGCGAACUUGCCAGCUGGGAACGAUUACACUCGUGACGAGAGGUACUCAGCUCCCGGAUGGAACGAUCCUCCUCCGAUACGAAGAUCUUCGAAGCCCAUCGUGACGCCUUCUGCCAUUCCCGAAUCGAUGCAUCUGAUGACUCCUCUUCCGGCCGCUCCUGUCCCCGCCCCGGAAAACUCAUUCUAUAGUUCGUCAGCUCGUCCGUCGCAACAGCAAAGUUUCCAGCAGGUCCAACAGUUCGAACCGCUGCAGCCCGCUGUCCAACAAUACGUUCCAGCUCCGCCAGCCCACAAACAGCCGCCACCCCCGGUGGAAAAGGGACCGAUACCUACCGAGUACGAGCACUUGUUCAACACGUUCGAAAGACUUCGGCUGGCGUGCCACGGGGUGCAGAACGUCACGGUACAGAAAAAGAUGGACGAUGUGCAGAAGAAACUCGAACAUCUUGGAGACAAGCUGCGGCAAUACGCGUUAUCCGACACAACUGUGCAGUCCCUUCAGCUCAUCGUCGAUGCGAUCACCCGCCAGGACUACAAUCAUGCCUUGCAAGUGUUUGGAUAUGUGGCUCAAACAUCGAACAUGAGCGAGACGAGCGCUUUCUUGCCUGGAAUCAAAACUCUGCUCGCGAUCGCUCAUCAAAAUCAAGUCUUCACGUAGGAUAGGAGCCUUCUUCACUUGGUAGUGUUGGACAAUACAUCGGAGGAGUCGACGCUCUAGGGAAUCGAAUGAGCGUUCGUCGAUGAGGAUAAUUUGAUCAAGCAUCCCGCUCACUGAUCGUUUCGAGUCGUUCCCAAGUGAACUUGUCAACGAAUGCAAUGGUGGUAGUGUCCAGAUCGGCUCUCAUGAUCCACGGGUGGGAGUUCUGGAAGCCACGGGGGAGAAUUUUUAAAAAACGUCGAGACAGAUGCGGUCGGCGAAUUUCGUCACGAUCAUCACGACGAGACUGUUGAUUUAAGAGAUAUCGAUAUGAAAUAAAGGAGUUUU